UGAUGAAAUGGAUGAUUUGGAUGACACAAGUGAGGCCUAUCUUCACGAAGAGUUGCUUUCCUUGCUCGAUGCUGGUCGUCGUUUUGAUGGAAGUGGUGCCGCGGCAGCCGCGUUACUUGAUAGCGACAGUAUUUAUUCCGCUGGAGAUGGCUACGAAUACUUGAUUUCUCGUGAUUUGGCUAGACGCAAGGGCGAAGACAAAACAAAAGACCAAAACAAAGAAAAUGAGGACAGUUCCUCUACAAUCCAGGAACAUUUCUUUCUUGGUGAGCGCUAUACUUACUGGGGCUUAAAUGGCAAUGAUGCUGCUGAUGAUAUAGAAGGAGAAGGCGAAGCUGACUCCAUUUCUAAUAUCGAAUCUUGUGGGCUUCGCGCAGCUGUCCUUUCAAAAAGUGGCCUUGUUGGAUCAUUUGUUGACAUCUCAUGUGGCAAUAGACUGGGCCGUCUACUUUCUGAAUCGCCUAUCGAGUUGCCUGAACCUGUCGACAAGUUGCUCUGCUGUACGCUUUAUAGUGCUGUUUUACAAAAAAUGGGAAUGUAUUUUGGAGGUUGUUUCUUUAAAAUUUACGUCUCAAGAAUUUUUAAUUUAAGAGGAAUUUACCAAUUUAAUGAGCGCAGAAAAAUAUGGGAAAAAUUACGCGCUCGCAAAAAACAAGUCACUUUUGAAUCGUGUGGAUCAGAGAUUGUUGUUGGAAGCGAGGUGCUAACAAAAUCUACUCCAAUUUAUUCAUUUGGUUCUAUUGCUGUCAACUUUAGUCAAGGAAUUCCAUUGGUUUUUCUAUGCUGUUUUUUGAUUUAA